UCUGAAUCGAUCGCUGGCUAUCUGCACUCGCACGAAAAACGUUCCUCUGCGACGACGACCAUGUCCAAUCUCGAGACGUACCAGAAUGAGCUCAUCGAGCGCGCCAUGAGCGUCGGUGCCCUCAAGUUCGGCUCCUUCGUGCUCAAAUCCGGCCGUGCGUCCCCCUACUUCAUCAAUGCUGGUCUCUUGAACACUGGCCCCAUCCUUGCAACGCUCGCCGAUGCAUACGCGAACACCAUCGCCACCGCAUUCCCGAUAGACACCGUCCCCUUCGACGUGCUCUUUGGCCCCGCGUACAAGGGUAUCCCCUUCGCAGCGGUGACCGCGCUCGCACUGCACACGCAACACAAGCGCGAUAUCGGCUUCGCAUACGACCGAAAGGAGGCCAAGGAUCAUGGCGAGGGAGGGAAGACCGUGGGCGCGCCACUCAACGGCCGGCGCGUGCUCAUCCUCGACGACGUGAUGACGAGCGGCAAGGCCGUACGCGAGGCGAUCGGGACGGUUCAGGCGGCAGGUGGAGAGGUCGUCGGCGUCGUGCAGCUUUUGGACCGCGAGGAAGUCGGGCAGGGGGACGCGGGGCGGAGCACGGUUACAGAGAUCGAAGAGCUCGUCGGUGGCCAGGGGCGCGUUCGGGCGAUUCUCCGGAUGCGCGACCUCAUGUCGUGGCUAGAGAGCAAGGGGAUGGAGCAGGAGCUGGCGCAGAUGCGCGACUACAGGUCGAAGUAUGGGUUGAAAGAAUGAAAUCAGAAGUAGAGUGGAAUAGAGCAGAAUGCAAUGUGCAUCAGGCAUCAAGCGACCA